AUGACCGCAUGGAACGAUGCCGGCAUCGAGGGAGGCCUGUUAGGCCUCCCGUACCCCGCGCUCACGACAGUAUACAACGAGAUCCUCGAUACUCCCGCGAACCUCGUUCCCUACAACCCCUUCCUCUUCAGAGCUAUCAACCAGGGCGCAUCGUCAACGCCAGGCGAAUCCAUGUUCUCAGUAUCUCUUAGCCCUGGCACGUUCGCGGACGAAGGAGGCGGCGACGAAAAGCCCAACAAAGGCGUGCUCGCAUUGGGCGGAGUCGCGCCUGUAUCGGUCACGAACGCGACCGCCUCCGCCCCCGUAUUGCUUUUCAGUGGAUUCAUACCGAACGCCAAGACGGAUGUUUGCUACGGCGUGACGGUGGAUUCCUGCGAGAUCCCGAGUUCAACUGCGCUGUCGACGCAAAUCUUCGACAUCUUGAAUACGGGGACGUCGCUCUCGUUCAUACCCACUCCCGCGGUAAUGGAGAAGUUUGUUCCAGACUUUGCGGUCAUGAUCGGCGACGGCGUCGAGUACGCAAUUGAAACGUUAUCCGUCCAGAGCCCGCCAAAAGUGGCUAUUCCAAACGAUCGACCAUACAUCGUCAACUGGGUAUCAUAG